CAAAAACCUAGCCAAUGUCCAAUUUGAACAUCAAGCUUUACUAGAGAUCUUCCCUUAGUCGCGACCUUGAACUACGCCAAGGUCCUUGACUAACAUAAAACUGCUUGUAUCCGAGGGUAUCUAGCCCUUUUCCACACACAGUACACGAUCUCUAUAUACACUGUACCACAGCGACCGCCGGUAACCGUAAGCGAGCAGAACUUCGCCGGAUCCGUUUUUCGGCUCACUCACCAUCGAUUUAAGUAACAGCAAAGCAAAGCCGACAGCAUCCCGAUUCAUUCCCGAAAACUUAUAGUCAUGGCAACGAAUUCACCUCCGUAUCACGUGCGGGUCGGUGUAGCGGCUCUGGUCCGCGACUCGGAGGGGAAGUUCGUCUUCGGGAAGCGGAAGGGCAGCCACGGCGCCGGCUCGUGGCAGUUCCCUGGCGGACACCUAGAGAUGGGCGAAUCGCUAUUCGCGUGCGCGGAGCGAGAGACGCUCGAGGAGACGGGCUUGAAGGUCAUUGCAGAAAAGGUGAUCACCGUGACGAACGACGUGUUCGACCCGGAGACCAAGCACUACAUCACCGUGUUCGUUAUGUGUCGAAGAGUGAACGAGAAUGAUCAGCCAGAGACCGUGGAGCCGGAGAAGUGCGAGGGUUGGCAUUGGAUAGGCUGGGAUCAGAUACGCCAGUGGUGUGAGCACCAUGAUGAUGAGGCUACGCCGGAGUGGGCACAAAAUAAGUGCUUCUUGCCUAUCAGAGACCUGGUGAAGGAUAAUCCACACAUAAAUCUCUCUGCCCCCUGAGUAUUGAUGGAUGCAGAAGUUGGAGUGGUGAAAUUAAGUGAUUAUCAGAGAAGAGCCUAUAGUUAACUAGGUAGCCAGACUCAUGAUUAUGGCAUUUAAAUAGAUACGCUUGAUGUUUUUCUAAA